AACGGGGCAAAAUGGCAGCAUCCUAUGCGAAAAACGUGAUAUGUGCCCUCUCAUUAAACAGAAAUGCUCUCCUAACAAGAAGUAACAGCUUUAUAGUGGAGUCAAAACGCUAUGUGAGAGGACUGAGAAGGACACCUUUCAAAGUGUUACUACCUGAAAACGAGACGGGAGAAGUGUUGAAGCAGUCUGAGCCAGCAGUGCAAAGCAUGAAGAGGCAGAAGGAGUUGAAAGUCACUUCAUCUACAGGAGAGCAUCCCGGUGAAAGUGACCUCUUUAGGGCGAGUGGCAGCCUGAAGUCUGCUCAUGUUGCUGCUACAAAGGAUCACAUUGAUGGGCUGCGCUUUGAGAGGGCUUUACCGGGUGAUAAAAGACUGGGGAAGGUAGUGAGUGUUGCCCGUUCCAGGACGUUUCGGGAGCACCAAGGUAAAAUCCUUCUGGAAGGUAGGCGUCUGAUCUGUGAUGCCCUGAAUGCUGGUGCCAGGCCACAGAUGGUGUUUUUCAGUACUGUGGAUCGGCUCCGAGAGCUUCCCUUAGACAAGCUGAGAGGGGCUACGUUAGUCAAAGUCAAAUUUGAGGACAUCAAGAUCUGGUCUGACCUUGUGGCCCCACAAGGAGUGAUAGCCAUAUUUUCUCGCCCAGACCCGUCACGGCUGAAGUUUGUAAACACAAGUCAUUCAGUGCCAUUAUCUCUGAUAUGUGACAACAUCCGAGACCCUGGCAACCUUGGGACUAUGCUGAGAUGCGCUGCUGCUGCUGGGUGCCAUAAUGUCCUGCUCACCAAGGGUUGUGUUGAUGCUUGGGAGCCUAAAGUACUGCGUGGAGCAAUGGGCGCUCAUUUCCGUCUUCCCAUUUAUCCCAGUUUGACCUGGGACGAUAUUGAAAAUCAUCUCCCAAAAUCUGUGACUGUCCAUGUGGCUGACAACAGCUGUGACAGAAGUAGAGAAACUGAGGAUGUGCAAGUUAAUGCAUCCCACAAGCCCUCCAAAGCAGGAGACUAUGGCUGGGUCAGCACAAAGAAUAAUCCAAACAACAUGCGCUACCAGGAAUACGAUCUUGAUUCCGACUCAGAUUGUGAAGAUGUGGGACUUUCAAUCCCCAGAGUGGACUCCAAGCUGUACCAUGAAAGCUGGGCUCAGAGUCCUACUGCUCUUGUGGUUGGCGGUGAGACACAUGGCCUCAGUCUAGAAGCAGUCCAGCUGGCCAAGAAAACGUCCGGUCAAAGGUUGUUCAUCCCUAUCGUUCCUGAUGUGGACAGCUUGAAUUCAGCCAUGGCCGCCAGUAUCCUUUUGUUUGAGGGCAGGAAACAACUAUUAAAGUUAAUUCAGACAUCUGGAAGGAAAUGGAAAUCUAAUGCUGAGCAGCAGUUUUCGUGAUGUUCCCUCUAAAUGUCAGUAUUGUAUGAGAUUUUCUGUGUACAUUAAUUCUUACUACUACAGACAGUAAGAAUAAUUAACAGAAUAAUUAAAAUGUCCAUUAUACAUCCUGUUCUACAAAUAAUAAAGCACUGAAUUUCAAUCAGGGAUUUGUGACGUUUGUCUGAAUUUAUGUUUUGUGUAUGGUUUUUUUAUGGCUGCAUCUAAAAAUUUUUUUCAUUAUUGGAUUUAUCUGCCAAUUCUCUUGAAUAGUCAUUUUGUCCUUACAAUGUC